AUGCCACUGCCGGACCUCCCCGCCUACAGAGUCCUCGGCAUCAUCUUCAUCCUCUGGUGGAUGCUGCCGGGCAGCGAGUACCAGAGCCAGUCGAUAGCGUUGUCGGAUCUCGUUGUCUCGCGCCUUGAGCACUACCGCGCAUCCCUCAAUGUGCUGAACACGACGCGCUGGGGGGACUUUGCUCCCCUGGUGGAGGGCGAUGGCGAUGACGCGAGCCCCAAAUACGUCAACCUGACGGGAUUUCGAGAGAAGGACCACUUGUCGUGGAGGGACCUGGGCCGGUUCCGCGAAAGAGGGCUGCAGCUCAGCCGCCAUGCCAUGCCAGCGGCUGGCGGCGAGCAGCUCUGGGAUGUUGCACAGGGGGAGCCGGUAUGGGCAAAUGCUUCGGGGGUUCUUCUUGGACAGUGGGUGCGACGCCAGGAGACGAUCCCGAGGACAUACGAAAGCUACAAUCUCAGCGACAGCGUGCCUUCGAUGCAUUGGAUAGGAGAUAGAAUUGACUGGGCUCGCAACGUCACCGGCAACACUGGCAGGAUUCAGGUACGACUGACAGGCAACGAGACGGUGACCGAAUACGAGCAGCUCUCCACGGCCGAUGCUCCCCUCUCUGGAGGCUUGAUACGCAAUGUCAAGGCCGUGGUGACGUUUGAAGACACGGAGGGGUCGGGACUGAGCUGGGAAAUGAUUCUUUUCGGGGUGCAUUGGCCACGACAGGGCGUGAUCAUGAUGACGACAACGAGCGAGAAAUUCGAUGGUGUCUUUGGGCUACCGCAUCUGACGCCGGGGCCCGACUAUUUCCAGUCCAGCCAGCGGUUUCUGAACGAAUCCCUCGAGCACACUAUAGCUACCAAGGAGAAGAACAUCUAUUCCGACCAGAGCAUACCGUGGAAAUCCAACUUUGAGAGCCCUCUCCACACUCGACAUCCCUCUCCAAGUUGCGAAUAUGUCAUGUAUCUUCAAACCCAUCCUCCGAGUAGACAGAGCCUGGGUCUCGGGCCUGCCGUUCCCAAGGGAGAGAACAUGGCAGAGAUGUUGCAAGCCAUCGAGUCAGAGCUGGAAUCUCCACUCGGCGCGCCCAUCAAGCACAUCCCAAAGCUCCAAAUGUCGGCAGUCAUCUACUCACCCGACUGCGGCCACUUCAUGGAGUCAAAGGGGCCUCCUGAUUUCCCCCGGAGCGAGGCCGACCACCUCCUCGGGGUGAAAUUCGAGGUUCAGAUCAGCAGCAUCAACCAUUGGCUGCUCGCAUAUGCGGUGAUGAUGUUUGGCCAGGUCAUCUUGCUCAAGGGCCAAAUGAAGGAGACGUAUACCCCGUCCACUCUUGGCAGAGCCAGCUUUUGGACAAUCAGCAUGAUGCUCAUUGCUGAUGGUAUGACUUUCAGCGCGGCGGCGUCGUGGGUUGCUACGGCUCAGUAUACCUUCUUGCCAACCCUGACGCUCACGUUUGCAUCCUUUAUGUCCAUGACCAUAGGAGGUAGCCUGUUAGCUAAGAUUCACGAGGUGCAAACGCCACAGCCUCGAGCUCGUCGUGAAGGGCCCCAAGGCGCAGCCAGUCCAAACAGCGGGUCGGGCAGUACGGCCUCAUCGGCACCGCUGACGCCAAACCGCACGGGCACGGCGACGGGCCCGAUCCUUCCCGGGCCGGUAACCGCAGGACGUGGCCUCGGCGAUCCGGCCGCUGCCAGCAUCGCGGAGGGCGCUUCAGCCGUGCCUGGCGCACUCCCAGCUGCUGCGAGGCCAACUGUACCGCCGACGCAAAGUGCGACGUUUCAGUCGCUCAUGGGCCGGUUCGUGCUCGCGGGUGCCCUCGUCAUGUUCGUCAGCGUCUCAUCCAUAGCGUGGUACAUGACGGCGCGCUCCUGGUUCCUCAACAUCUGCGCCUUUGUCUACCUCUCCAUGUGGGUUCCCCAGAUAUAUCGCAACAUCGUCCGCAACUGCCGCCGCGCCCUCAAGUGGCAGUUUGUCAUCGGCCAGUCCCUCCUCCGGCUGCUCCCGCUGGCAUACUUUUGGCUCAAGACGGAUAACUUCCUCCUCACGCGGACCGAGCCCCGCGCUUUUGCCCUGCUUGGUCUUUGGGUCUGGUUGCAGAUCUUCGUGCUCGCUACGCAAGAUGCCGUGGGGCCGAGAUUCGGCAUACCCAAGGGCUGGAUGCCCGAUGCGUGGGACUACCAUCCCGUCCUCAGAGAGGACAACGUCGAGGCCGGGGGCCUACCUAUCGGCCUUGGCGCCGAGGACAGCCCCGGUCGUGAUCGCGGGCGCAGCAGCGAGGAUAGGGAUAAAACUCGUCCCGGCGACGGCACCACGCGAGCUAUCGACUGCGCCAUCUGCCGCGAGGUGCUCGAGGUCCCCGUCGUCAAGGCGGGAGAAGAAGACAUGAGCGUGACGGGCGUGUUUUCUAGGAGGAUGUACAUGGUGACCCCUUGCCGCCACAUCUUCCACACCCCUUGUCUAGAGAGCUGGAUGAAGUUCCGGCUGCAAUGCCCGAUAUGCAGAGAGGAUCUGCCGCCCAUUUAG